GCAGCCCUCCUUCCCCCCGAAUAACCAAACUCCUGAACGCCUCAUCCAGAUCACGCAUCCCCAUCUCUUCUUGCUCUUCCCUCCUCCGUCGUCCUCGUCCCCGCCGCGCGUGGAGUGGAGAUCGAUCCAUCCGGCCCUGAACUGAUCCCUUCUUCCUUGGACGAGAAGCAGGAGGCGUCGGAGGCUAGGAUGUCGUCGUCGAGCUCGCCGUGCGCGGCGUGCAAGCUGCUGCGGCGCAAGUGCACGCAGGGGUGCGUCUUCGCGCCCUACUUCCCACCGGACAACCCCUCCAAGUUCGCCAGCGUGCACCGGGUGUUCGGCGCCAGCAACGUCUCCAAGCUCCUCAACGAGAUCCCGCAGGCACACCGGGAGGACGCAGUCAACUCUCUCGCCUACGAGGCCGACGCCCGCCUCCGCGACCCCGUCUACGGCUGCGUCUCCUACAUCUCUGUCCUCCAGCUCAAGAUCAAGCAGGCGCGCGACGAGCUCGCCGCCGCGCGCAAGGAACUCGCGAGCUACAUCGGCCCCGCCGCCUUCGCGCCCUUUGUCGCCGCGCCACAAUACCGCCACCAUCACCACGCCGCCGCGCAGUACGCGGCCGCCGUUCCCCUCGCCGCCGCAGCCGGGAUGGAGCUCGGCGUCGGCGUCUCGUCGCAGCAGGGGCACGGACACGGCCACCCGCACCCACACCAGCAGAUCAUGAUGCAGCACCAGCACCUCCACCACCAGCAGCUGGCGGAGGCGCAGCAGCUGGCCGCCGCGGUGGAGGUCGCCAGGGAGCAGGACUUGAUGAUGAGGCAGGCCGCGGCCUACGCGCACGCCGUGCCCAGGAGUAGUGCCGGCGCGACCGUGGCAGUAACGUCGCCCGAUGCGGUGCCGUACGAGGGCGGUUUCCUCUUCCAGCAGCAACCGCAACCGUCGCACGCGCAGUCGGCGGUGGCGCUGACAUACCAGAUGGAGCCGUCUCCGCCGCCGUCGUCGUCGGGACAGUCGCCUGCUGAAGUGUCGCACCAGCAGCAUACGGAUCGAAGCGACGAGGGCAGCGGCGGUGUGGGGCCGCCGGCAUGACCUGACGGCCGCACGUCCGCCGAUCUACGUCCGCCACCACCGUGUCCUUGUGCUUUGUUUAACCUUUUGUUUUCUUUGGUGUUCCUUGUUCGUUAUAAUUUUUUCGUCUUCUUGAUCAUAUGGCAAGGCAUCCGUGAUCCAUGCCUCCCCAAGGCAGGCGAGGUGGUGAUCCUUCUCAAGGUUCUGGUCGACAUUGGCAUAUGUGUACACUAGGCAUUAUGCAUAUGAUAUAUGCAACUGCUGAACCCAAUCAAUUUCACUCACUGACAUCAUUCACCUGGAAAUAUGCUGUGUCAGGUUCUUCAUGAGUUGCCUUUCUUCCUCAAGAGUGAGAACCAAAUAAAUGCAAGACAGAAAGAGUGGUAGGGGGACAGAUACUCAACAUGGAUCAGUGUAACAGAGAAAAAUUAAUGGCGUGAAGGUGGAGAGAGAUGAGGGUAGAGGUAGACAGAGAGCAGCUGUGAGAUAGAGAAACAUGCAUGGUGUGUGCAGAAGGGAGCAGUAAGCAUAAAGAAACAAUAACAAAAGGGGAAAGGAAAAGGAAGAACAUAUAUAUUGGUUUUACUGCAACAUCCUUUUCAAGGACUGUAUUGGCUACAUAUCUUGUUCACUUGUGCAUUUGUCAUUGAACAUAGAUCAUCUUUUUUCGCCACUGUUAUUAUUCUUUUUCUUUUCUUUUCUUUUAAUUUUCUCCUUUUGUUUCCAUUGCUAAGUUUGUUCUGCCAUCUUGUGUAUAAAGAAAUGAAAUACUUCGUUGGAAAUAAAUGAAUGAAGUUAGUCAUUUUAUGGC